CAAAAAAUUAAAUACAUUUCUUUCUAGUUUUGUGUUCCCUUCCCCACCUGCAACUUUCUCAUUUUGACAAAUUGGUUUUUUCUACUUUGUUUGGUGAGUUGUAUCUCUGUUUGAAGUGAGGGGCUACUUUGAUCUUAGCAUGAAAUUUGAAUAUGAUAUUGAUUUUUGAUGGUCUAUGUUUUGUGUUGGUGGUGCUACUGUUUUGUGUUCUCAUUAACAGUUGGAAAACAUUUUUUUUAUUAAUCCAGACUUAUUUUUUUUGUCUCUGUUACAGGUUAUUACUCUUGAGGAUGCAAUAAAGGGAAUGAAGGUAUAAAAUUGCUUGAACUCUUAUUUAUUAUGGCAACUUUCCUUAACCAAAUUGCUAUGGUCUAUUAUUGUUGCAGAUCAUGAGGGAGACUUUGAUAUAUUUGUCACAUCUUGAUCACGAGGACACGGAAAAGCUGAUGCUAAAGAAGCUAAGCAAACAAUUAAGUGGCGAGGAUUGGAAUUGGAACAAAUUAAACACAUUAUGUUGGGCAAUAGGGUCUAUAUCUGGUUCGAUGAUGGAAGAACAGGAGAACAGAUUUUUGGUUAUGGUCAUUCGUGACUUGCUGAAUUUAUGUGAAAUCACGAAAGGGAAGGAUAACAAAGCUGUCAUCGCAAGUAACAUUAUGUAAGUAUUCAUGAUUGAAUGAUUGAUUAUCUAUCUUGAGUUG